CAAGGCUUGGUCAUGUGAUUGGUCAUGUGUUAACUCACGUGAUGUUCAACAUGGUGGUUCAUUGUAUUUGGACGUAAGAUCAAAUUCACAUUAUCCGGAUCUACCAGCUGUUGCACACACAGGCCACCAUCAACCAUCACAAUGGAAGAAGGUCAGCGAUGGUGGAAGGAUGUGCGUCCCUACAGUGUGUACGUCCUGGUGUUGGUACUCCUGGCCUACCUCCUCAACCAGCUUGACCGAUACAUGCUGGCCAUCACGGCCAAACCCAUGGCCCAGGAGAUUCACUAUGGCGACCAGGCCUGCAUGGUCAACACAUCAUACUCGACUGCUGAAUCUGCAGGGGUCAGCUGCAAUGGAACCACAUCGGGAGGCUGCACGUCGAUACACGGUGAGAACGGGUCGGCAGUGUGUAAGUGGGACUACAACGGCCAGGGCUAUGAGUACCAGCUAGUGGCGGGCCUCUUCAUCCUCAUCUACACCUUCAUGGGCAUCUUCAUCGGCUUCGCCGCUGACUUGUACAACAGGAAAAUCCUCCUGGCCAUCUGCCUCAUCUUCUGGUCCUUGAUGACCCUCCUCACUGGCGCCGUCAAUGAGUACUGGCAGCUGGCCAUUCUGAGAUUCGGACUGGGCAUGGGGGAGGCUGGGUGUACCCCAAUUGCUGCUUCCAUCCUUACUGACUACUUCUCGGCAUCAGUUCGGGGCCUAGCUCUGGGCGUCUAUAACUGGGGCAUCUACAUGGGCUACAGUCUCUCCUAUGCUAUUGGCAACUUCAUCACACUGGCCAACAUCAACGGACAGGGGUGGCGAUGGGCGUUCUACAUCUCCGGCAUCCCAGGGCUCAUUCUAGGAGUGCUCAUCAUCUUCACCCUCAAGGAACCAGCCCGUCAUGCAGUGCAGCCAGCUAAUGAACAAGAAGGCUUCAUUCAAACAGAGAAAAUCACCAUUUGUCAGAGGCUUGGAAGAAUACUCAGGCCAUUCCUCAGUCCUUCUCUCAUCAUGCUGUGUGUGGCCGGCUCCAUUAGGAAUGCAGCGGGCUAUGUGUGGGCGUACAAUACUCAGCCGUACUUUAUCAUGGUUGGCCAGACGAAGGAGCAGAUCGGGACGUACAUGUCGUGGAUCCCGCUGGUCAGUGGCAGUAUCGGCGUUGUCGUUGGCGGCUUCAUCUCCGACCGUGUGGUGAAGAAGCGUGGACUGUAUGCCAGGGUUCUUAUUCUUGUGGCUAGUCAGAUUUUAGCCGCCCCCUUUGCAGCAGGUGCUCUGUUCCUGAACCCACCUGGUGCCUUUAUCAGCCAGAUACCGACAUACAUUAUUGGAGAAAUGUGGGUGGGUGUGGCCCUGGCAGUGCUGGUCGAGCUGGUGCCCAGUAAUGUGAGAGCUGGCGCUGUGGCCGUCUACCUCUUCAUCAUUAGCAACGUCGGGGGCAACGUGCCCUUGUUGGUACCCUACAUACAGUCCAGCUUCGAAGCCAGAGGAUUCACUAAAGUGCAGUCCCUUAGAGGAUCACUCUACAUCUUGUAUCCGGGGCUGUACGUGCUGGGAUCACUGCUGUUCCUGCUCACGAUGUUUGUGGUAAAGCGUGACCAACGUCGAGCCCAGGGAUAUGAAGUACUGGAUGGCACCAAUUCUGUCAAGGAAUCAUAGAUAACAAUCAAUACCAUUGUCAAUGAAUCCAAGGAAUAUGGUAACACAGGAAGGAGUACUCAAUGGGGAAAUACCUCCAUAUUCAAAGACUGCAUCUGAAUAUAGCAAGGAAAGAUUUCAGAUUUAUAGCCAACUUCUCCACAUAAAACAUACAGCUGUAUUACAAAAACCAAUAUAUAAUGUAUUUGUUCAUUUAUGUUGACUUGAAUAUUUACAAUCUGUUGUCAAACUAGAAUAUAUACUUGUUAAAAGAAGUUAAAAAACAACUGAUUGUAAAUGUGACUGCAGUUAAUCGGUCAUAGCCAUAAUUUUAAACUUCUCUUAUCUCACGUAGAGCACACUUUCUAUUUUUCUUUCAACAAUGUUC